CCCUCCGUUCCCUCCCAGUUCUGCUUUCCAAGGGCUGACGGAGGUAGAAGGGGUAAGUGCAUUGAUUCCUGAUGGUGAGAGGCGGCCGCACUGUGUAACACUAGAUCCUGGCUCAGCUGCAGAUCACUCCGCAUUACUACAACAUCCUCCGAAGUCCGCAUCACCCAAACUUGUCUCCUCAGCACCCGGGGCCCGCAGACGGAAAUGAAGUUAAACUUGUUGCUCCUCUUCAUGUCGGCCCUCACCUCCCAAGCUUUAACGUCGGACAUGGACGGGGGUUCAAAGGAUUACAAGAGCUUGAGGGUACUGAUUGGAAAUUCUACCACCAAAGCUGUCCUGUCUGGUACUCUCACCAUACCGUGCCACAUCACCUACCAGUCAGAACCAGAAGACAUUGGUGCUGGGCGCCGAGCGGUCUUGGCCACACCUCGAGUAAAGUGGACCUAUAUCUCCAAUGGUAAAGAAGUGGAAAUCGUAGUGGCCCGGGGCCACAAAGUGAAGAUCAGUGAGGGGUACAAAUCUCGAGCCUCUCUCCCUGAAUACUCAACUUCGGCACAUGACGCCACGUUAGUCCUAAAGGAGUUAAUAAGUAAUGACUCAGGGAUCUACCGAUGUCAUGUACAACAUGGGAUCGAGGAUGACUAUGCCAUGGUGGAGGUCAAGGUGAAAGGUGUGGUGUUCCUCUAUCGUGAAGGGAUCAGUCGGUAUGCUUAUACCUUCCCCAUGGCCCAGGAAGCAUGUACCAGAAUAAAGGCGCACAUAGCCACCGCUGACCAGCUCCUGGCUGCCUACCAUGGAGGUUACGAACAAUGCGAUGCCGGUUGGAUCGCCGACCAGACCGUCAGAUAUCCCAUCCAAACUCCACGAGAGGGUUGCUAUGGAGACAUGGACGGGUUUCCUGGAGUUCGGAACUAUGGAGUGCUGGAGCCUGAUGACCUGUAUGACGUCUACUGCUACGUGGAAGAACCCGAGGGCCAAAUAUUUUUGAGUACAUCGCCCAUGAAGUUUACCCUGGAGGAAGCCAAAGAACAUUGCAGGACCCUUGGUACUGAGAUAGCAACAACAGGUCAACUCUAUGCUGCGUGGAGCGAAGGACUGGACCAAUGUAACCCAGGCUGGUUGUCCGAUGGAAGUGUCCGAUACCCUAUUGUGGCACCAAGGGAAAGGUGUGGUGGCAACUCUCCUGGGGUCAAAACCAUCUUUCAGUUCCGUAACCAGACUGGUUUUCCCAACUCUAAGGAAAAAUACGAUGUGUACUGUUUUAAAGGUAAAGACAUUGUACCAACACAUGAUCCUCCAGUCUCAGGACACCGAGAUGUUAUCACAGUAACAGAAAGUUUUGAGGAACUCAAGUUUCUAGAUGUAAAAGCUGAGAAUGAAGCUCAAGGCUUGGUAGACUCCAUACCGCUAAAUGAGACCUAUGUAACAAAAGCAAAUCAAGAACGUAAGGAGAACGCAACGAUUCUCAAUGACCAACAAGGAUCUCCACCAUCUCCCCCCUACCCAACAACACCAACUCUCGAAAGCAUUGUCAGUGAUGAAGAAGAUCUGUCCCCAGCGCUUGCAAGUUUUCCACCUUAUGAAGAUCAUUCUGAUGACAGUGAAGAGUCUACUUUGGGUUACACCAUUAAUAUGCCGGUUAUACAAAGUUCUCAAGAGGACAAGGUUGGGUUGGUCCCAGAAAACAAAUCUUCUGAGCCGACCGGAAGAGCAAUGGAAGGAACUGUUCUGGCCACUGCAGGUGACUCCAUCUUAAGUGUAACAAUUGUGAAUGCGCAUGCAGAGAAUGUUUAUGACAACUUUACUGGCUCGGCACAGGAACCGGGCGUUGCUGUGUCAGAAUCAGCAAACUACUAUCCCAUUGAUGAAAACCCUUCUCCUACACAGUUUCUCAAAAGAGAACAUGGAACGAAUGCAAACACUGAGAAAGGAACAAGUCAAGGACACGAGUAUAACACAACUAAGGCAGAUGACAGCUCUGUCAUGUCAACCACAUCCUCUUCUAUCCUAGAGGCCGAUGUGGGUUAUACAGAUAUUGAUAAGAAGGCAGCGUUAUUGUACGAUAACCAGCCCAAUGACACUACAUCACAAACCACCACCAUAUACACGUUUCCCACUAUACAUCCAUCCGUUUAUCAUUUCGAAGGAUCUGGACAAGAAGAUCACUCACUGUUCUCACAAGCUUCUGGUGACCAUUUUAGUGGUGUUCAAGAUCCCACAAAAGAAGUCCAUGCGUUAGACUCAAACCCGGAUCCGAAAACACCUAUGCCACCAUCUUCACAGCCAGAAAUGCAUAAUAGCUCUAAGUUAUCUUGGGAAGAUGGAAGUGGAGAUGUUCCAGAAUCCACAUGGAUUGAGCUGCAUAGUGGUCCGACUGUCAAUACAAACCAUACUCAAAACCAUGAAGCCAAUGCAACUGUAGAGCAAGAUGGCCAACACAACACAACCCACACACCUAUGCUUCUCAUACAAGGUUUAUACGACUCAAAUGAAACUUCGACUGCACAAGUUUCCCACCUAUUAAGUCCCAAUAUGUCUCGUGUCUACUCAACGGUUAAGGAUGUAAGCGUAGAACGGUCAACAGUGAUAGGCACAGUGGAGAGUACCAAAGACAUAGAGUCCAAUACAACUGUAUAUCCCACCAUUACAACUUUCACUUCAUCACCCAACAAUCCCAGGAACUCUUCACACAACAAUUUAGAGAAGACCCUUCAACCUACUGCGUCCAUGAGCCCAACAGAUCCUCUGCCUGCAGUCCCUACCGAGAAAGCAAUUGUGGGAUCGUCUGUGAAUUUUUCAGAUAUCUGCUACCCCAAUCCUUGCAAAAACGGAGGAACCUGCAUUGAUGAAGAAGAUGGUGAAUUUCGCUGUUUGUGUUUGCCAGGCUAUAUUGGAAUAGUCUGUGAUAUAAAUGUAGAAAAAUGUCUCGACUAUUGGGACACAUUCCAAGGAUUCUGCUAUAAACAUUUCUUUGAUCGGAAAAGUUGGGAAGAGGCUGAGACCCAAUGCCGAGAAUAUGGCGGUCAUCUCGUAAGCAUUGUGACCCCAGAGGAGCAAGACUUUGUAAACAAUCAGUAUAAGGACUACCAGUGGACAGGCCUCAAUGAUCGGACAAUAGAAGGAGACUUUCAGUGGUCAGAUGGGAAUCCUCUGCUUUUUGAGAAAUGGAAGCAAGGACAACCCGACAGCUACUUCCUCUCCGGUGAAGACUGUGUGGUAAUGGGUUUCCAUGACGGUGGUCUCUGGAGCGAUGUCCCGUGCAACUACCACCUUCCCUACACCUGUAAAAUGGGCCUGGUGUCCUGUGGGCCUCCACCCGAAGUGGCCAAUGCUUCUAUAUAUGGGCGACCCAAAACACGAUACCCGAUCGGCUCUGUGGUGGGAUAUCGCUGCGAUGAAGGUUUUGUUCAACGCAAUUUACCCGUCAUUAAGUGCCAGUCGGACGGCGUAUGGGAGGAGCCACAGAUAAACUGCUUGUCUGCACACCAGUGAUGUGACCACAUCUCAAGACCCGUCUGCCUCACGAAUAUGAAGUCUCACCCUGGUGGCCAAAUGUCAUGGGCCGAAAGACUCCAAGACGGGGCCACGUUCGGCCAACACACCACUAAAGCAGAGUCACAGGGAGGUGCUAUAUACUAUUACACUGUGGCCUUCCUCGUCCCGUUUUAGCAGUCCUAUCUUUAACCCCUUUAUUACCCACUUCUCCACAAUGACCAGACUAGAUACAGGUUCUUAUUCAGAUUAUUGAUAAGAAGGAUAGUCCUUAAAAUGACACCCCCCAAUGUGUCAUUCUCAUCUGACCUCUUCAGAAUUCAGAAUGUAGCAUUAGAUUGGGAGAAAGGGAGGACAAAUUAUGGUGGCUAAGCUGUAAAAUUGUCCUGAAUUCUAGACAACAAUGGAGAUUUACUUAAAAAGUCCACCACUUUUCAACUUGUAUCUGUGACCAUGAUGGUUUAUGAGAUCAUUUGAGUUCAGGUCACGGCUGUGAACCAGAUCCAUGUCCCGCGCCAUCACAGAUACUGUCCCACUGAUCUGAUCCGUGCCCUGGGCAUGACAGAUACUGUCCCCACUGACCUGAUCCAUGCCCCUGCGCCAUCACAAAUGCCAUCCCACUGACCUGAUCCAUGCCCCGCGCCUUCACAGAUACUGUCCCCACUGACCUGAUCCAUGCCCGGUGCCAUCACAGAUACCGUCCCACUGACCUGAUCCAUGCCCGGUGCCAUCACAGAUACCGUCCCACUGACCUGAUCCAUGCCCCGCGCCAUCACAGAUACUGUCCCCACUGACCUGAUCCAUGCCCGGUGCCAUCACAGAUACCGUCCCACUGACCUGAUCCAUGCCCGGUGCCAUCACAGAUACCGUCCCACUGACCUGAUCCAUGCCCCGCGCCAUCACAGAUACUGUCCCCACUGACCUGAUUCAUGCCCCGCGCCAUCACAGAUACCAUCCCACUGAUCUGAUCCAUGCCCCUGCGCCAUCACAGAUACCGUCCCACUGACCUGAUCCAUGGCCCGUGCCAUCACAGAUACCAUCCCACUGACCUGAUCCAUGCCCCGCGCCAUCACAGAUACUGUCCCCACUGCCCUGACCCAUGCCUCGCACCAUCGCAGAUACCAUCGCCACCGAUAAAUGAGAGCAAAUUGUGAUCUGGAAGGGCAGGGCAAAACAUUUUAUGCAGAUUGCCAAUAAAAACACAAUAGGGGAGAUUUAUUAAAACCUGUGCAGAGGAGGAGUGGUGCAGUUGUCCAUAGAAACCAAUUCGAUCACUUCUUUCAUUUUUCACAGGCCUUUUUAAAAAUGAAAGAAGAAAUGUAAUUUGUCUCUAUGGGCAACUGCACCACUCCUCUACAGAGGUUUUGAUAAAUCUGCCCAAUGUUUAGAUAUAUAAAGUGUUCAGCUGGUUCCGAAUGUUCCAAACAGGAGAGGGGAAACUGAAUAGUAUAAAGUGGAAGCAUUUACUAAUGAUUCAAAAUGUCUGAGAUUUUGUUGAAAUAAAAUAAAAAAUGUCUUUUAA